CCUGUAAUAUGUGUUGUGAUAAGUUCAUGAAAAGUGAACUUUUGCAGGACUGUGCCAAGGAGAACUCGUCUCGAAAGAUCUACAAGCUCCUUAUACAGCUUCACUCGGACUGUGAGCAAGUGGUUGCCAUGAUAGAGGAAACAGGAGCCAUCGUGCGGGAGAUCAGGGACCUAGAAGAGCAGAUUGAGGUGGAACGUGCGAAAGACACUGCGUCUAAGUUGGAAAGGAUUUCUGCAGACUUGCGCCAGAUGAAGCAGGAGUCGGCGUCUCUGAGAGCACAGCUGGCACGUGCUGGAGAACCAUCGUGAUAUCUGGCACAUCGCGGAGUGCCUGCCAUAACGCUCCGUGCUGUGAUGAGGUGCUGCCGUGUCCCAACAGGAAAAAUGGGACAUAAGCAGUUAUAUAAUUUUUAUUGAAGGUGCAAAAUUUUUUAAUUUUUUUAAGCAUAAAGUUGUGUAAAGAUGAGAUCAUAUUGUGGUUAAAAAUAUUUUAGUGUAAUUUUGUUAAUAAUUUGGUGGUACCAUUUUGUGUUAUGGUACAUGUAACAUUUUUCAUAAGUAUGCCAGUUUUUACAAAUGGACUGCAAUUUUUCAGAUAAAUUUCAGAACAUACUCAUGUUCUGAGAAAACAUGAUAAACAAGUUUAAGUAAUCUGGUCAGUUUAGAAAUAAAAUAAUGAUUAUUCAAGGUGCAAGUUAAAUCUCUGCAUUAAGUAUUUUGUAAGUUUGUCAGCAUAUAUACAAAUAUUAUGCACAAUGUUUAAAACGCUUUUGUUGUUUUUGCCCUUAUUGUAUUUAGAUUGUAUCUGUGUGUUUAUUAAGAUAAAAAUUGAUUUUUCCAUAGGCUGAAAAUCUCUAGAAACUAGUCUGUAUAAAGAAGAGAUUAGAAACAGCUGAUUUCCAUAAAUUUAGUACAAGUACAAGAAAAUAAUUUAUUAUUUUAUUUUAUUUAACAUAAUUUUUUAUAAUUAAUCAACUGUUUAUGAUUAAUUAUUUCAAUUUUAUUGAGUGCAAGCAAUGAUACAAAAUGAGACAAGUUUACUGAUUAAGUUAGAAUUGAUCUAACAAGUAAGUGAAAUGAUACAAUCUGGCAUCAACAUACAUAAUGAGGUGAUAUAAAACUUUU